AUGAAGACUCAAAUCAUUCUCCUCUGUACGGCGCUGAGCGGCAUCGCCGUCUCCCAUGUCACUCUGUACGGCCAGUGUGGCGGAGAAGGCUGGGCUGGCUCAACAACAUGUGUCUCCGGCACGACCUGCGUGCCCUACAGCGAAUGGUACAGCCAAUGCAUGGCCGAUGAAGCCGACAACGGUGCCAACCCCGCCCCGGAGCCCACAGCAGAGGUCUCAUCCGUUGAACCAACUGCUGUCCCCACGGUGAUUGAGGAUAUCCCCGCCUCAUCCGUCGUCGAAGCCAUCCCAACGUCCGAAGCAGCUGAACCCACUCCUUCCGCAUCAAAGGAUCCUACCCCGUCAACCACAUUGGUCACAGCCACCAAGGAAGCGACAUCCAUCAUCGCCGCUCCUUCGGGAGUAACAAAGACAUUACCUCAGUCCUCGGGCACCGUGGAGACUGAUGCCGCGAUCCCCGUGUCUGGGACCUUUGACGGCGGGAUGAAGAUGUACGACCGGAACCCGAGUGUGUGCCAGGAACAGACCGAGACGGGCGAGGACGACGCCAUGUUCAUCCUCGAAGACGGCGCGACGCUCUCGAACGUCAUCCUCGGACCUGGGCAGGCGGAGGGCGUUCACUGCAAAGGAACCUGCACCCUCAUCAACGUCUGGCACAGCGACGUCUGCGAGGACGCCAUCACCCUCAAGCAGACCUCGGGCACGUCCUCCAUCAUCGGCGGCGGCGCCUUCCACGCCGCGGACAAGGUGGUGCAGUUCAACGGGCGCGGCACGGUCUCCAUCAAUGACUUUUACGUCGAGGACUAUGGUAAGCUCGUGCGCAGCUGCGGCAACUGCAAGGCCAACGGCGGGCCGCGGAACGUGGAGAUUGAGAACGUGGUCGCCGUCGACGGCGGGGUGCUGUGCGGGAUCAACACGAACUACGGGGACACGUGCAUGAUUUCGGGCGCGUGCCAGAGCGCGGGGAAGAGCUGUGAUUUGUUUGAGGGGAAUGAUACCGGCGAGGAGCCGAGCAAGGUGGGCAGCGGGAUGGAUGGGGAGUUUUGCUUUGUGAGUGGGUUGAGUGAGAGUUGUUAG